AUGGCUCCUCUAGAAGACGAGUGGGAAACGGAUGGAGACGAGGGCGAGACGCCACCUUGGGUCACUGAAAUUGAAGACAUCGAUUCUUCUACCACUGCUCUUCCGGAAAUCGUGUUGAGUAUUGUCAUCGAACCACUACCGUACACUGUGACGGGGUCGACUACGCCAACGAGUAGUGCAUUUGAAUCUGGCUUCACCGGCAUUAUGCCCCCCUCAGGUAGACCUCCCAUGCCCAGUGUACGGCCUUUGGGAUAUCCGUCAGAUCGCCCAUGGCCGCCGUAUCAACAGGCCUCUUCAACCACAGAAAGCUGGCAGACUUCCACAUCAGCAACGACAGCAUUUGCCGACCACAUGGGCAGUUCGUCACUGUGGGCGACAUCGACCUCAACAUCGAAUUUGAACUCCGAAGCGUCGCAAUCACUAACCAAUCCAUAUGGAGGGAGGCCCUCAGACUGGAAUUUUUCACAAAAACAUGUCAACAAUGCACCAAUGUAUGCCGCUGCCGCGGUAAUCCCAAUUGUCGUCCUCGCAAUCAUAGGCGGGGUAGCCCUAGUUUGUUUGCGCAAGCGCAAGAGACGGAAAGCCGAAGCAAUAGCAGCGCAGAGUGUCGCUCAAGAAAUGAAGAUGCAACCACAACCGAAUGUGCGACCUUACAUAGCACCACCACCACCAGGCUCACCACCGCCGCCAGCAAUCUCUGUAUCACGUAGCCCGCCCAACCACCUAUUACCCCCAACGUCAACAUCCAGCGCAUUCCAACCCAUCAUCCUUGGGCCUAUCGGCUCAGACUCUUCAAAUGGCGCUUACCUCACUGGCAUCGACACAUCAGAUAUGGUGUCCAUUACCUCCAACACUCACAGGCCUGUGGACAAUCCGUUUUCAGACAACAAUAGUCUUACUGAGCCGCCGCCGCCGUAUAGACCGCAUAGGCAGGGCAUUGUGUCAGGACUUUGCGUCAUUGGGUUUGCUAUGAGUUUGGAUCAGCACAUUCAUGGAUCGACGGACUGGCAUCUACCAAGUCCAUCCUCCACACCCAAAUCGGUGACGUUCCCUGACGGAAGUCUCAAAACACCCAAGACUGAGACGUUUCCUCACUCGCACUUCCUCGACGCCUGGGCCACUCCACUACCUAAUGGGCAGCACACCCCUGUGCAAACGCCCUCCUUCACACUGUCGACGCCUCUAGGUCGGCCGUCGAGCUCGUAUAGCCAGCCCGUCCGCACACCCGAAGACCCAGAGUUCCAUGUCAACCACUUCGCUCCUCAAAAUUUACCUCUUCCGCCCGUCGACGCUUCCCGAAGACUGUCGUCGUCGCCGGACCCUAAUCGGCUGAGGAAGGUUGGUUCACAAGGACAGUUUGGGUCACGUCCCGUCAGUAUGGACUUUUCACACAUGCAAACGCCACCUCCAACGAGGGACGCUUCGUCUAGGAGGAGCGUGCAACAAAGUGGCGGAACCGAGGUAGCCACUCCAGCUACUGUGGUGCAUAGAACGCCCAGCCAAUUGCCGGAAUCAUCAGGCGGACUCUUCAACCAGACUCCGUAUGGUUUCGCCGACUUGCAGUACACUCCGCACAUGAUGCAGUUUCCCAGCCAUGGGCCAAUGUCUGCGCCGCCUAUGCCUCAAUCAAAGCUGUUCUGGGAUCCAGCUAACGAUGGCAUGCAAAUGGAUCUGGAUGUACCGCUAGGCGUUGAUCCCUUUGGUCCUACCCCACAUAGGCCACAGCACGAUAUGAACUGGCAGGCGAUGAAUCAAGCUAACAUGAUGCAAACGCCGGCAUUCCAAAGUUUUCAAGCGUCUCCCAUGCCGGCGUCUUUUGCAAACACCCCGUCACAGAGACAGGGUUCAAGACCUGGCUCGUUUGUGUAUACGUCUGCUGGUGUUGACCCCAACAUGCUGCUCAGCUUUUCAAAUCCCGACAUGACUUCUUCUUUUGGCAACAUGCCAGAUCAUCCCAUUUUGGACAUGUCACGGCAACCGUAUGAGACACAACUGCGCGAUGCACAAAACGAGAGGGAGAUGGCGAAGAAGUCAAGGAGUCAGCAUUCGCGCAGCAACACAGCUUCUUUAACUGGAUCGGCAGAGAAUGCCAAACCUGUACUGCAGCGGAGCAAUACAGACGGUGGGAUAAGGGCAACCAAAUCACUUGCGAUGGAUUCUCGGACAUCUAUUCCAGCCAAUGCCUCAACGAUACCCCGUCGUUCAUCACCGCUAAAGCGUCAAGGCGGCGGAGCGCUCAAAUCAAUACCGGAGCUGAGAAGACCUCGGACAAGACUAAUUAUCGACGAGACAGGUCGAGCUCGGACAGAGACUGUGCACGCUGGAGAUGACGAAGAGACUCCCAAGAAUAAGCGGCAGACAUCCCAGCAAGAUCUUAGGCGCCAAUACCCUGGGCUUUAUGAGGAUGAUGAAAGCGAAUCUGAAGACGACGAACCGGCUCCUGUCAUCAGUCGGAACUCCUCCUUCGCCAUGCCACAACCUGAACGCCGAGCUGCGAAACAUGCUCGUGCAGAUAGCGGCGGACUCGAAAGACCCGCUUCCUUCAAAAUGGCACGAUCCGUCUCUGCCUCGAGAGUUGCACCUGACGCUCUAUCCAAGGCCUCAUUUGAGACUCUUCGAUCCACACGGAGGUCCGCCACCGACAAUAACACCACCCGUCGAUUCAGCGCGAUGGACCGUCCUAUGUCUUCCUCCCACCCCGAGGACCACCACAUGCCCGAUUCCUCCGGCGAUGCCCUAGGUGCCCUGAAAAAGGUCGUAGGCGCUCGCCAACAACGCAUUGGUAGGAUAGCCACGCGCUGA